AUGGCUGACGCUCCCCGUCGUGGAGGAUUUGGUUCUCGCGGUGACCGCGGUGGUGACCGUGGCCGUGGCCGUGGUCGUCGUGGUCGUCGCGGUGGCCCCAAGGAAGAGAAGGAGUGGCAGCCCGUCACCAAGCUCGGCCGUCUCGUCAAGGCUGGCAAGAUCACCUCGAUGGAGCAGAUCUACCUGCACUCUCUCCCCGUCAAGGAGUACCAGAUUGUCGACUUUUUCCUGCCCAAGUUGAAGGAUGAGGUCAUGAAGAUCAAGCCCGUCCAGAAGCAGACCCGUGCCGGUCAACGUACCCGUUUCAAGGCCAUUGUCAUCAUUGGUGACAGCGAGGGUCACGUCGGUCUCGGUAUCAAGACCUCCAAGGAAGUCGCUACCGCCAUCCGCGCUGCCAUCAUCAUUGCCAAGCUCAGCGUUCUACCCAUCCGUCGUGGUUACUGGGGUUCCAACCUUGGUGAGCCUCACUCUCUCCCCACCAAGGAGAGCGGCAAGUGUGGUUCCGUCACUGUCCGACUUAUCCCCGCUCCCCGUGGUACCGGUCUCGUUGCCUCGCCCGCCGUCAAGCGUCUCCUCCAGCUUGCUGGUGUCCAGGAUGCCUACACCACCUCCGCCGGUUCGACCAAGACCCUCGAGAACACUCUCAAGGCCACUUUCCUUGCUGUCGGCAACACUUACGGAUUCCUCACCCCCAACUUGUGGAAGGAGACUAAGCUCAUCCGCAGCCCGUUGGAGGAGUUUGGUGACGUUCUGCGUGAGGGCAAGCGAUACUAG